AACUCUCUCUCUCUCUAAAGUCUAAAGCUUGACAUCCACAUAUCUAAAUAGACAGGAGGCUGUUCCUGUUGGCCUUCUGCCUCCAAAACACAUUUCAACUGAAAUUAUAGAAAAAAUGUCAAUACAACCUUCUGUUACUUGUCUUCAUUCUCCAUUUCUUUGUUGUCCUCUCAAGCUUUCUUCACAUUCCACUGCUUCUUUAUCUGCGAGAAACCGACUGUCACCACCGUCUUAUCCACGCAUUAGAGCUAUCGAUCUUGAUCAAAACACGGUAGUGGCUAUAUCAGUUGGGUUUGUGAGUAUCGCUGUUGGGAUUGGUAUUCCAGUUUUUUAUGAAACCCAAAUCGACAAUGCUGCCAAGCGAGAAAAUACUCAGCCAUGCUUCCCCUGCAAUGGUUCCGGUGCUCAGAGAUGCAGAUUUUGUAUGGGAAGCGGCAAUGUUACUGUGGAGCUAGGUGGGGAUGAAAAAGAAGUAUCACGGUGCAUUAAUUGUGAUGGUGCAGGUUCUUUGACAUGCACCACUUGUCAAGGCUCUGGAAUUCAACCUCGAUAUCUUGAUCGCAGAGAAUUCAAAGAUGAUGACUGAAGAUCAACAAGAAAAUGUUAGCCAUGAUUUUGGACUCUUGACUGCAAACAAAGGCCAAAGUUGAGGAAGGAGGAAAGAUGAACAGAUCCUUUUCUUUCUUCAUUUUUUUUUUUCUGUAAACACACUAUUUAUUUAUAUGUAUAUUUUCUUUUCCUUUUUAUGUCUUAAUAUGAUGUACAAGUUGUGAUUUGUGGUACAAUUUUCCCUCUUUUUAUACAUAC